CGGACGAUGUCGGGGCGGGCGGACCCCGCGGCGCCGCCGGUGUUCGAGAAGCGGGUCCUGGUGACGGGCGGCGCCGGCUUCAUUGCUUCACAUGUAGUCGUCUCUCUUGUGAAGAACUAUCCAAACUAUCUGAUUAUAAAUCUGGACAAGCUCGACUACUGCGCAAGCUUGAAGAAUCUUGAAACUGUCUCUGGGAAGGAAAACUACAAGUUUAUCCAGGGAGAUAUUUGUGAACCUGAUUUUAUAAAGCAGCUCUUUGAAACUGAGAAAAUAGAUAUAGUCCUUCAUUUUGCAGCCCAAACACAUGUAGAUCUUUCAUUUUGGCAUGCCCUGGAAUUCACCUAUGUGAAUGUUUAUGGCACCAAUGUGCUGGUUGCUGCUGCACAUGAAGCCAAUGUGGAGAAGUUUGUCUAUGUUAGUACAGAUGAAGUAUAUGGAGGUAGCACUGAUGAGGAAUUUGAUGAGUCCUCACCAAAACGUCCAACAAAUCCCUAUGCCUCCUCUAAAGCAGCUGCAGAGUGUUUUGUUCAGUCUUAUUGGGAAAGGUACCAAUUUCCAGUUGUCAUCACACGGAGCAGUAAUGUUUAUGGACCACAUCAGUAUCCAGAAAAAGUUAUUCCGAAGUUUAUAUCUUUGUUGCAACAGAACAGAAAAUGCUGUAUUCAUGGUUCUGGACUUCAGAGAAGGAAUUUCCUUUAUGCAACUGAUGUGGUAGAAGCAUUCCUUACUGUCCUGAAGGAGGGAAAACCAGGUGAAAUUUAUAACAUUGGAACUAACUUUGAGAUGUCCAUUGCCCAGCUUGCAAAGGAGCUAAUCCAUUUAAUAAAGAAGACCAGUUCAGAGUCUGAAAUGGAGCACUGGAUGGAUUAUGUCAAAGACAGGCCUACAAAUGACCUCAGAUAUCCAAUGAGUUCAGAAAAAAUGCACAACUUAGGAUGGAGACCUAAAGUGCCUUGGAAAGAAGGAAUAACGAAAACAAUUGAAUGGUACAGAGAAAAUUUCCACAACUGGAAAAACUCGGAGAAAGCUUUGGAGCCCUUUCCUGUGACAGCCCCAUUUGCCCAGCUCAGUGGUCCAUAGCGUGGCACAGAACCUGAAGGAGUUUUUUCUACCUCAUACGGUCUUUUCUUCAAAGUCUGCAAUCAAAUGGCCAUGCUGGACUCAUAAUGUAUUCAAGAUACAAGAACCAUGAUGAGUAAAGAACUACAGUAUGGCACAGCUUUGGAAUGGUUUCAGCACUUUAUAAGUUGAACCUCCUAGUUUCAGCUUUCGGUGCAAUACUCUAUUCUCACUAGGUAUUGAUUUUAUAAAACUGUAUGGAGUGAAGAAUAUUUAUAAUGUUAUAAAUUAGUGUACUGAAGAAAAAUUUGCCUUAUUAAGAAUAAUUAACUGUGAUUGCAGCUUUUGGGACUUGGAGUUAAAUUUGUUUUAGUUCUGCAAUUAUUCAUCUGUAUUAGUUUGUUUUACAGUGGAAUACAUAUAAUUUUUUUGUCACUUCAAAGAGUUGGGUUUUAUUUUUAAUCAAAGGGAGAAGUUAUAUAUUUUUUGGAGACUAUGAAUUGAUUGACAAAAGCUGGAUACAGCACCUGUAUGGUUCCGUCCAUUUCUCUGCUGGUGCACUAUUAGCUUUUGUUGAUGGCUGAUUAAACUUACCAUUUAAAGUUACUCUAUAACUUUAAAUACCCCUUUUCAAGGGGAACAAGGCGGGGGAAGGAUGUUCAAAAGUAGCAGGUGCUGUCACUGAGAUUUCCAGAAGCAUUUCCUUACAUUUUGUCCUUUUUUUACUGUAUUACUGUCUAUUACAUGUUAAUUCAUUUUUCUUAGCUGCAAUUGUAACAAAUCUUAUUUUCUGUGAUAUGAAGGCUACUGAUGGAGAAAAUUUUUUAAAAUUCUUUUUCUGUGAAUUGUGGAUUGGCAGACCUUAAUCAAUGCAGUGUUUCACUAUUUUUUCUGUAAUAAACAUUUUAAAGAUAAAUAAACAA